GAAGAGAGAGGGGUUCAACAAAGUUUCCAUCUUCGGCGUCUCACUAAACUAAACAUUCUCGGCCUUCUUCUGUCUUCUCCUCCGAUGGCGUCUGCUAGGGUUCGGUGUCACUGCAAUGCCUCUUUCACCGGAUUGCCGCUCCCCCGCCGCCAACGUAACUCGUCGACGCUACAGGUUUCUUCUCCGAACCGUGUCGGUUUCACAGCACUGAAAUGGAUCGGAGACGGCUCAUCAUCAUCAUCCUGCGGAAGGAUGGUUUCGGGUCCGUCGCUCAGAGGCACAGUGCGAGCUGCGUUGGAAGAGAAGAAGAAGAAGAAGAAGAAGAAGAAGACAGACGCGAUCGAGGAGGUAGAAGAGGAGAGGAGGUUCACGUGCGUGAUGAAGUUUGGAGGAUCAUCGGUGGCGACGGCGGAGAGAAUGAGGGAAGUGGCGGAUUUGGUUUUGACGUUUCCGGAAGAAAGUCCUGUCAUUGUUCUUUCUGCCAUGGGGAAGACUACUAACAAUCUCCUGCUUGCGGGAGAGAAGGCAGUGAGUUGUGGUGUUUCUAAUGCUUCUGAGAUCGAGGAGUUGAGCAUUAUCAAGAAUUUGCAUCUCAGGACAGUGAAAGAGCUCGAGAUCGACCCCUCUGUUGUUUCGUCGUUUUUGGAAGAACUAGAGCAGCUUCUGAAAGGUAUAGCCAUGAUGAAGGAGCUGACACUUAGAACCAGAGACUACUUGGUCUCUUUUGGAGAGUGCUUGUCUACAAGGAUUUUCGCUGCUUAUCUUAAUAAAAUCGGUGUCAAGGCACGCCAAUAUGAUGCAUUUGAAAUUGGUUUCAUUACAACGGAUGAUUUCACUAAUGGAGAUAUCUUGGAAGCAACUUACCCAGCUGUUGCCAAGAGAUUAUAUGACGAUUGGAUGCAUGAUCCUGCUAUUCCAGUUGUAACAGGUUUCCUUGGAAAGGGUUGGAAAACUGGCGCAGUUACUACCUUGGGUAGGGGUGGCAGUGAUUUGACGGCAACCACAAUUGGUAAAGCAUUGGGUUUGCAAGAGAUUCAGGUGUGGAAAGAUGUUGAUGGUGUUCUAACAUGUGACCCUACUAUUUAUAAACGAGCUACACCAGUACCAUAUCUAACAUUCGAUGAAGCAGCCGAGCUAGCUUAUUUUGGUGCACAGGUCUUGCACCCACAGUCAAUGAGACCAGCAAGAGAGGGUGGGAUUCCUGUUAGGGUUAAAAAUUCUUAUAACCCUAAAGCUCCGGGAACUAUCAUCACGAAAACAAGAGACAUGACCAAGACAGUUUUAACGAGCAUUGUUCUGAAACGCAAUGUGACCAUGCUGGAUAUAGCAAGCACCCGAAUGCUUGGUCAAGUAGGAUUUCUUGCCAAGGUAUUUUCGAUAUUUGAGGAUCUUGAAAUAUCCGUAGAUGUUGUUGCCACUAGUGAAGUCAGCAUAUCUCUGACACUGGACCCAUCAAAACUUUGGAGCAGGGAACUGAUUCAACAGGAGCUUGAUCAUGUAGUUGAAGAACUGGAGAAAAUAGCAGUUGUGAAUCUUGCAAAAGGAAGAGCAAUAAUCUCUCUAAUCGGAAACGUUCAACAUUCCUCCCUGAUUCUAGAGAGGGCGUUUCAUGUUCUUUGGACCAAAGGCAUCAAUGUCCAGAUGAUAUCACAAGGAGCAUCCAAGGUAAACAUUUCCCUAAUAGUAAAUGACGCUGAAGCCGAAGGAUGCGUCGAGGCUCUUCACAAAUCCUUCUUCGAGAGCGGUGACCUCUCAGAGUUAUUAAUACAACCCAGAUUUGGCAACGGGUCACCUGUUAGGGCAAUGCAAGUAGAAAACUGACUCAUUGCUUGAUCUGCACUUUUCAUUGUAUUGCUUCUGAGUUACAAUGUUUAGUUGUUAAAGAACUGCUUGUUGUCCACACGUUUAGUUGUUUUACGUUUAGGCAAGAGAACCGCUUGACAUCUUUUCAUUUAGUGUAAGAUUGGUUUCUUGAACCAUUUUGA